UUAAUAAACCACUCUAUGUUUUAUGCUGUGGUUCAGCUGCAGAGUGAAGUGGAGAAACCUUUGCUGAGCUUCAGGGAGAACUUUAAGAAAGACAUGAAGAGGUUCGACCAUCACAUUGCGGACUUACGGAAGCAGCUCGCGACUCGCUAUGUUUCGGUGGAAAAGGCCCGUAAAGCUCUGGCUGACAGACAGAAGGAAUUGGAGUUGAAAACUCAGCAGCUGGAGAUCAAACUCAAUACCAAGACUGAGGAAGACAUCAAGAAAGCCCGCAGGAAAUCCACUCAAGCAGGUCAGAGUCGCGGGAGGGGUGGGUCAAAAGUCACACUCGGCUGUUAACUUUUUAUCAGGUAGACCAAAAAACUCAAUUGCCACCUGCAUCGCAAAACAACUGACCCGUGGCAGUUAGCAUAUAAUAAAUAUGUCGAUUCCAUUCUUUUUGUCAGAUCAGAACACGAUUAUUUCUGCAGCAUACGUCCACUUUAUCUUUAACGGAAGGCCUGCACCCCCUCGGAGGAAACGUUCGUAUCUGUGAUCUUGUUCUUUCAGUCACAACCCGCAGAUCUAGAUGAGGGUUGGAAUGUCGAUCGACCGGUGAUUCGAGCGCAUUGCCUUUCUGCAUGACGACAGACUGAUAAAGAUACAAUGUUUUAAGCCACAUGUGAAACCGGGAACGAUCAACAACGUCAUGGGACGCAUACAUCAGCAUUAUCAUCAAGCUAAAGUAUUUUGUCAGAUGCUAGUUACACAAAAGGGGAAGUCAACACAAACAUUUCCUGACAAAAAUAUGUUCUGUGCACCUCCACUAGUUCAAACA